AUGAAUAUGGCCCGUUGCAUGAUAUUUGCGUCAGGAUUGCCACUCAAUUUCUGGGGUGACGCGGUUGAAUAUGCUGCUUAUAUUUUGAACCGGGCCCCUACAAAUUCGAAUGCUGAGCGAAUGUCACCGAUGAAGGUGCUGACGGACCAGACCCCGUCGCUAGGUGAAAUUGUCGUUUUUGGAUCACCAUGUACAGUGUACAGAGAUCCUAAGAAGAAGAAUUUUGCUCCUAGAGGACAAAAAGGGAUUAUCAUUGGCAUUGGUGAAGAAACCAAAGGGUAUCGUGUAUACCUGCCGAAGGAUAAAGUGGUUGUUGUCUCGCAGCAUGUUCAAAAUAUUGAGACACUGAACAAGACCCAGAACAAGCAAGUUCAAGAAUUUUAUCUGCAGAAUCCUACUAGUCUGGAAGAUAAUGACUCCGCGCGAGAUCAAGUUCAGGAGGGAGGUAAUACCAGAUAUCAAGAUCUGGAGGAGGCGACGAGUCGUAAGGACAGGACACAGAAUAUGGAGAAAAGGACUCCGUGGACAAGAAAGAAGAAGGUUGUGACAAGAUCGGCGAGCAAGAAUAAACGCUCAAGCCAGGGACAAAGAACUGAGAGUUCAGCCAUGGAUACUGACGUUGUCAAUGUUGUCACAACAUCUGACCCGAGAAACUUUGGUGAAGCUAUGCGUAGCAGUCACAAGGAAGGAUGGAUGAAGGCAAUUUCUGAAGAAUUGCAAGCCUUGGAGAACAAUGGAGUUUGGAGUAUUGUGAAGGCUCCAAAAGAUAUUCGAGCACUUCAAUCGAAGUGGGUUUUUAAGACGAAGCGUGACGCAGAAGGUGGCAUCGAGAGAUUGAAGGCGAGAUUGGUCGCGUGUGGAAAUGAACAAGUCUUUGGAGUGAACUAUGGAGUUACGUUUGCUGCUGUGAUUGAUAUCUCCAGCGUGAAGAUGAUUUUCGCACUGGCAAGAAAGUGGAAGGUGCCUGCGAAGCAUGGAGAUGUUCUAAAUGCUUACGUUAAAGCAGACAAGGAAGAUAAUCUCGAUAUCUACAUCCACGUACCACAGGGAAUGCAGAUUGCAGAGGACUUAAAGAAGAAGAUCGGUGUUUCACAGAACAACGAGAGUGUUUUGGAGCUGAAGAAGGCACUAUAUGGAUUAAAACAAGCAGGAAGACUAUGGAGUAAAUUGCUACACCAGAAAUUGGUUGAUAUUGGUUUUAAACAAAGUCUCACGGACAUGUGUGUCUACUUUAGAUGGACACAUGGUCAUCUAUUGAUUGUUGGAGUUUACGUGGAUGACCUUCUGGAUCUUGGAUGUGCUCGCAAGUUUUUGGGUAUGCGUAUUCAAUACAAUGACGAAAAUGGGUACACUUUUGAUCAAGAAGUUGGAAUUAUGGACAUGCUGAAGGAGCAUGGUCUCGAAAUGGGACAUAGCGUGCGUGUUCCAAUUACUCAAGACUGGAACGAUAAUGAAGAAUCGGUAGCUGUGCCGUUACCGGUAUUUGGAGGAGAUGGUGUGGUUACGGUGAAAGUUUUCCAGUCACUUGUGGGAAGUUUACUAUGGAUUUCGCGUUGCACCAGACCAGAUAUCGCUUUCGCGGUGCAUAAAGCGUCAAGAAGGACUCAUAAGCCCACGAUGGGAGAUUAUAAGUUGGCCAAGAAAAUUGCAAGGUACCUAUCUGGCACGAAGACAUUGCGACUUUCUAUGAUUGGAAGAGAAGAUGAACCAGAGCUGUUACAAGUGGUUGGGUACAGUGAUGCGGAUUUCGCUGCCGACAAAGGUGACAGAAAAUCUGUCACGGGUGGUUUAAUUACGAUUGAUGGCAUGCCAGUGAGCUGGAUGUGCAAGAAGCAAGGCGGUGUAUCACUUUCGACCAUGGAGGCUGAGUUUACAGCUGCAUCCAUUAUGGCUUGA